CGGGGCUGGCUCCUCUCACGUCAAACCACAUGAUCCCAUAAAACAUUCAUCGCCGCUCCAGCCCCGCUCGCUCGCUGCCGGGGCACAGAGCAGCAGGCUCCGCGCUCCCGCCGCGGGAUCCGCCGCAGCCCCGGCCCCGUGCGGGCGGCGGGCGGCAGGGAGGCAGGGAAGGGAGGGAGGGAGGAAAGGAGGACGGACGGAACGACGGACGGAGGGAGGAGGCAGGGAGGGGGAGCCGCGCCUGGAUGCUGACUCCAGCCCGGGGGCUGCUCACUCCCCCGACGAGCGAGGGCCCCGGCGCCGGGCGAGCCCCCUCCCCGCGCUGGGCUGAAGUUUGACUGGAGGAGCCGCGCCGCUGGCCAGGGAUUGUACUGCUGCCGCUCCGCUUUGCGCCUCCGGACGUGCCUUCCCCGACCCCUAAGAUGAAGAGGGCGAUAGCCGAAGGAAGCAAACUGCUGAUUUUGGUGCUUUGCUUGAACAUCCAGCCGGAAGUGGAGUCUUGCCCCGGGGCGUGCGUAUGCUACAGUGAACCCAAGAUCACCAUAAGCUGUCAGCAGCAGGGCCUGACAGCAAUCCCCACGGAGAUCCCCAUCCAGAGCCAGCGAAUCUUCCUUCACAACAACAGGAUCACCCUGGUCAGGGCCACCAGCUUCACCUCCUGCCACAACAUGACCAUCCUCUGGAUCCACUCCAACAACAUCAGCCUCAUCGAGCCCGGAGCCUUCUAUGGGCUCAGCAAGCUGGAGGAGCUGGAUCUCAGUGACAACACCAACCUGAAAUCCAUCAACCCUGUCACCUUCCGGGGGCUUGUUCACCUCCACACCUUACACCUGGAUCGCUGCGGGCUCCUGGAGCUCUCCACAGGGCUUUUCCGAGGGUUGUUCUCCUUGCAGUAUCUCUACCUUCAGGAUAAUAACCUCCAGGUGCUCCUGGAUGACACCUUCAUAGAUCUUGCCAACCUCACCUACCUGUUUUUGCAUGGUAACAAAAUCAAGAGCUUGUCAGAGAAUGUCUUCCGUGGGCUGAUCAACCUCGACCGCCUGCUGCUGCACCAGAACAGAGUCAGCCUGGUGCACCGCAGGGCCUUCCAUGACCUUGGCAAAGUGAUGACCUUGUACCUGUUCAACAACAACCUGACUGUGCUCACCGGGGAGACCAUGGCCCCCCUGGUGUCCCUCCAGUACCUGCGCCUGAACGGCAACCAGUGGAUCUGUGACUGCCAGGCUCGCUCCCUCUGGAACUGGUUCAAGCAGUUCAAGGGAUCCUCGUCAGAGCUGGAGUGCCACCUGCCCCCCCACCUGGCAGGGAGAGACCUCAAGAAGCUGCAGAGCACUGACCUGGAGGGCUGCGUGGAGUCCUUCAACCAGAUCCGCACCAGCGUCUUCAGCACCAAGACUCGGUCUGGCAAACUGGCCACGGGGAUGCCCCCGCUGGGCUCCCGCGAUGGCUCCUCCAAGUGCUGCCAGCCAGAGAUGGACAAGUCCUUUAUUUAUGAAGCCAAGGGCAAGUCAGGGCCUUCCUCUCACAGCCACCGGCCCUCCUCCAACAAUGCUCUGAAGGACAAGGAGAACAUGUCCAGGCCCAAGCACGUUGAGACAGACCCCUUCAAAAACGGCAGCAACAAGCAGAUAAACGACUCCCCCUUUGGGACCUUCCCCAGCAUUGUGGACCCUCCACUGACCAAGCUGAGACCAGAGUUCCUAGAGCCCAUUGAACCCUCCACAGUGCCCAGCAGGAAGCGGCAGGGCUGCUCCAAAAAGAACAGGUCCAAGGCCCAGUGCCGCCUCACCCAGCCCGGGCACAGCUCCACGCCACAGCUCAGCCUCAGCCUUUUGAUCCCCCCCUUGGUGUGGAGCUUGCUCUUGUUCUGCUGAAAUUAACUCUCUUGGUUUUCUUUCUGUUGUUUUCCUGGGUUGGGGACACUUUGGUACAGGACUUUUGCUGACCUCCAGACACGUCACCACCGCAAGCAGGCCUGGGAAGCUUUGUUACACAAACCCUAACUGGUUGCCUUUAUACAGAUAUAAGCAAAACAAACACAACAACACAAAACCAACAAAAAGAGACAACUCCUCCCCCCCUGCCCCGAGAUGUACAGAAUUUAUUUGUCUUGAGCCCUGUGGAUUAUCCCUUUUGGUCUUCAGAACUGCACUUGGCCCACGGAGCAGCUUUGGCCCAGCAGCUGGGGGGGCACUGCGGUUGGUUUACAGACAGAGACCCUCUGCCAGGCACGGCCAAAGCCUCUCUGUCCCCGGCCACCCCGCCCGGCACUGCUGCAGGUGCUUCCCCUCUGCAGGGGUGAUCAGUUUGAUGCUGUUUUAACCUCCCCCUCCCCCGUUUCUGACUCUGGCAGUUUCUCUGUCCCUGUCCCCACCCACACCCCAGCGCCAUGUUCCUGGGCAGCAUUUGUUGAAGAAUGCAGCCCUCCCCCAGCAGUGCCCAGAGAGAUGCAUUUUAUUUUCCUGGUGUACAACCAACAGAACAGAGACAAUAAAGAGUUCUUUUUUGUUUUGGU